UAGAUUUUUGGGUAUGGAGGGUUGGGAAUAUCAUAUCCUUAAGAUUGAAGAUGGUUUCGGAAAGCAUAUCAGAGCGGCAAAAAGCAGUAGAAGCCCAAUCCUGUGUUGAUGAGCAAGACCAAACAGAGAAUGAAAAUGAUGAUGGGAAAGGGUCAUGGAAGCACGCUGCUUUUCACGUGGCCACCACCAUAGCUACCCCUGCUGCUUAUGCUCCGCUUCCCUUUGCCGUUGCUUCUCUCGGCUGGCCUUUAGGAGUAGCUAGUUUAGUAAGCGGGACGCUGACGACUUGGUAUUCCAGCCUACUAGUUGCGUCGCUGUGGAAAUGGGAUGGGAAGAAGCACACCACAUAUCGGGACCUUGCUCGAAGUAUUUAUGGAUCAUGGGGUUUCUGGUCUGUUGCAUUUUUUCAGCAGGUGGCUUCCCUUGGCAAUAAUAUUACCAUUCAGAUUGCUGCUGGAAGCAGCCUUAAGGCAAUAUAUAAGUACUAUCACCCUGAUGGAAGCCUAACUUUGCAGCAUUUCAUCAUUAUUUUUGGAGCUUUUGAACUUUUUUUGUCUCAGCUUCCAGACAUUCAUUCACUGAGAUGGGUAAAUGCUCUGUGCACUCUCAGCACCAUUGGUUUUGCUGGUACAACCAUCGGUGUAUCAAUAUAUAAUGGAAAGAAGGUUGAUAGAAGGUCAAUCAGAUAUCGUGUUGAGGGAAGCUCAUCUUCUAAAACAUUCAAGGCCUUCAAUGCUCUUGGGACAAUUGCGUUUUCAUUUGGAGAUGCAAUGCUUCCAGAAAUACAGAGUACAGUGAGGGGACCUUCGAAAAAGAACAUGUAUAAGGGUGUUUUAGCGGCGUAUAGCAUCAUCGUUUUGUCUUACUGGCAAUUGGCCUUCUUUGGGUAUUGGGCAUUUGGUUCAGAAGUUCAGCCUUAUAUUGUAGCUUCACUUACUUCUCCAAAGUGGACAACUGUAAUGGCCAACAUUUUUGCAGUGAUUCAAAUAUCAGGAUGCUUUCAGAUAUAUUGCAGGCCAACAUUUGCAUAUUUUGAGGAGAAAAGCAAUGGCGGCUCGAGUGUCCACAAGUGUAUAAUCCGGCUGGCUUUCACCAGUCUCUACAUGGGGCUAAUAACACUGGUAGCUGCAGCAAUGCCAUUCUUUGGGGAUUUUGUUUCCAUAUGCGGAGCUGUUGGGUUUACGCCGUUAGAUUUUGUGUUCCCUGUGUUGGCACAUCUGAAAGCAGGGAGGUGGAGUCGUCGCCGGAAUUCAAAGCUCCGGCUGCCGGUGAUCGUCAUCAACGCCGCAAUCGCCAUCUGCUUCUCAGUUGUUGCCGUUCUGGGUUGCAUUGGUGCAAUCAGGUUUAUCAUAUUGGAUACUAAAACUUACUCAUUCUUUCAUGAUAUGUAGCCAACUGGGCAUUGCUAGCUCUAGCAAAUUUUAUUAAGCACCACUGAAUGAGUUUUAUUUUA